AAACAUCUCUCAAGUUCAAAUCUUCGUUUUCGUUUUAGACUCAAUAAGCAAUCGACAAGCCUUUAGGUCCCAACCUACAUACCUACAUACCUACAUACCUACAUACCUACAUACCUACAUACCUACAUACCUACAUACCUACAUACCUACAUACCUACAUACCUACAUACAUAGCGAGAUGGAGAGACAGAACGAGGAAAGGGCCAUCGCGCCCAUCUCCAGGAGAGAUCAAGUCGCGGCGUUUACGCAGGCCAGAGACGAUGCUGCGGUUGCUCGUCGGGAGGAAGGCCGCAGAAGGCCGGACAUCGAGGCCCUUAUGCCUCCUGAGAUGAAUAGGCUUCAUGGGCGACAAAUCAUCCGAGAGUACGACGGCAAUGGCUUCCAGCAUGGGAUGCGUGCUCGUGAUGACCCGGCGAGCCUGCAUAAUUACUUUUAUGCACCGGGUAGAAUGGAUGUGGCAGGGACGCCGAGAACCGUCGGCGGCUCGAUGCAGGCCUUCUGCCAGAGUGAAAACAUAAAUCCCGAUGGGGAUCUAAUUUUUGCUCAGUUCAGGAAGGUGGGUAAGUCCCGCGUUGAGAAGAGGUUACGAGAAGCCAAUUGGUUGGCGAGGGAGGCCGCCGGCUUCGUUGAGCCCGAGGAGGAAGAGGAUGUGUCUAUGGACACAGGUGGAGGGCAGCCCGAGUUGCCCGGAGAGCCACAUAGUCUGAAUCAGUCCAUGUGGAAUACUGAUGGUCCUAGCCGAGGCCGUGGCGGGACCCAGCCAAGGCGGGAUAACCAAGGCCGCAACAGCAAUGCUCGUGGUGGUCACCGUGGCGGCCAACGUGGAGGCCAAUAUAGUGGCCAACGUGGUGGUUCACGUGGUGGUCCACGUGGUGGUCCGCGUGGGGGUCAACGUGGUGUCCCACGUGGUGGCUCGCGUGGUGUCUCGCGUGGUGUCUCGCGUGGUGUCCCACGUGGUGGCCCACGUAGCUCUUACGGCGGUGUUCAGAAGAACACCGGGAGGCCGGGCCCUUCGCUUGAUAAGGCCCUGACGGAUACCCAGCCCGGUCGCAAGACAAGAGCUCAGUUGGACGCUGAGCUCGAUGUUUAUAUGGGUGGCAUCGAUACCCAUUAUGAUGCCAUGGGGUCUGGGAUUGGGGCGGGCCAGGAGGAUGUCCACCAACAGAGGCUGGCGGAGCAGACUGUGGACGAAGAGGGGGAAUACGUGGCGGCUUUGCAAAACUUUUGGGCCUCAUGAAAGAGUGAACUAUGUCUAUGGCGAUUCAGGAAAUCGCCUAGAAGCUGCUAUGAUGGCAUAUGAGAACUCAACACGACC